AUGGCCGAUGUCAAUGAGCGCCGCAAGGCACAGAAUAGGACUGCCCAGAAAAAAUACCGAACACGACAGAAACUGCGCAUCGAACUCGCCAGAGCUAUCCUGUGCGAUAAACCACACCAGCAGACCGACACGGCGACGGACAGGCGCGACUGGAUCUCCUCGGUUAGCGAUUGCGACGACGGCUAUCACACUGUCGCUAGCCGGCACCACAGCAACAACAACAACAAUACCACUUCUCCCAACAGACAAAUAUCCCCAUCCCCCAUUGAUACACUUCAAUCUCUAGCUGUCAGACAUCUUCUACAAACAGAUAAUGGCCGAUCCACGAGGCUGCUGCGCGACAGUGACGCCCUGGCCGCCGCUCUCGAGCAGUACGGCAUGCCCUUUGAUCUUGAUGGCGGCAGCACCCACAACAUGAAUUCCGCCGACUCGACAACAGCAAUGGGCGACGUCAGUUGUCUGGACCCGUCGCUCGCCCGCCUCGACUGGAUACACAGCAACGGCGAAACAACUUCUAACGAAGCGCUGCCAUCAUCCGGCACCUCCCCGCUCUCGUCCAGUGAUAUCGACAAGUAUAUGAUGAGUCCUGCAUCGCAUCAUCUACCAUCCUUAUCAUCCUCGUCUUCUUCGUCUUCUUCGUCAGCUUCUUCGUCGUCAACAUCAUCAUCAUCAUCAACGGCACUCACGCUCGGCAGUCUGACCACGCCCGUCUCAGACUGGUCGACAUCCGUCGUCGCCGACACCCCCCUCAGCAACUCUUCAAACCCCUCGCUACUCAAGAGCUGCUGCAACCGCCCCCACCCGGAAGGCACAGACGACCACGCUAGCUGUCCCAACAACAGCAGCAGCAGCAGCAGCAGCAGCUCCACGGCACUCCUCGACGAAACCUCGAGCCCGCUCUACACUGCCAUCUCACUUGGCAAUAUGGACAUGGCUCGUCUCCUCGUCCGCUCUGGCGCAAAGCUAGACCUACCCGACCGCAAUGGCGACACUUUGCUGCACCACUGCAUCCAGCGCGGUGACGUCACGACGAGCAGUGCGCUGCUUGACCUCGGUGCAAAUGUCCUGCAUACUACCGCCGGUGGCAGAACGCCGCUGCAUCUGGCCGUCACCACGGGUAACGAGGCCAUGGUUACCAUGCUGCUUGAUUGGUGCGCGAAUGACAAGAAUCCGCCUUUUGAGGCGGCCGCUGCUGCUACUAUGCCUACCACCACCGUCACAACAACAACAACCAAGCAGAACACGGCCGUUCCAACGUCUUCAGGUCGCAAAAUCAGUCUGCUAGGCCACUUCAUAGACGCCUGCGACGCCCACAACAUGACGGCCCUCCAUCUCGCCGUCAAGCUGCAGCGCAUCGACGUCCUCAAGGUCCUACUCGAGUACGGCGCUAAUGUCAAUCUAGGUUGCCAUUAG